AUGACUGCUGCGGGAGUCUCUCCGUCAAGCUCCCCGCGGCUUCCCAGCCCGCCUCCGUUCACUGAAGUUCAGAUUGGACCUCAGUCGCCAUCUGUUGGGGAGUCCUUCGGCCAAGAUUCUGAUUUACUCGGCGUUCCGAUGGGAGAAGACGAGGGCUCGACGCGCAGAAUCAGACCAGGGACUAAAUCCGCCGAUAUGGCAUUUGGUCCACCGCUGAUUCCCCUUGCCCAGCUUGACUCUCCAUUUCAGCUCCAGGAACACCUCAAAGCUUUGUACCAUCACUAUACGAAACCCGAAGGAUCUGACAUGGUCGUUCCGAUCAACCGCAAGGUUGCGAUACAGCUGGCAGAUCCCCCAGAGGGAGUCGAUCGAUCACUUUGGCUAUACGAAUUAUGCCGAUUUCUUACUAUGAAAGUUAAUAACCUGAUCAUUGCCUUUUUCGCCGAAAGCCCGCCUUGCUCGUCGCAAACGUGCCCUGAGAUGCGAGCUUCCGAGUGGCAGUAUCUCUGCGCCGUGCACGACCCACCCAAAUCUUGCUGUGCAAUCGACUACUGUUGCCAUACCUUGGAUUGGGCCACUAAUACUCUCACAUCGCCGAAAUAUUUCCCCAGCCGACUUACGCUUGGCUCUGAGAAUGCCGGAGGUCCUCAGGCUAGCAUGAGACACUUGACGAACAUAUUCCGCCGCCUUUACCGCAUAUUCGCACACGCAUGGUUCCAGCAUCGGGAUGUAUUCUGGGAGGUGGAGGGUCACGAUGGUCUCUAUGUGUUCUUUAAGACUGUCUGCGACAUGUACAGCCUCAUCCCGCAGGACAAUUACACGAUCCCCCCUGAGGCCGAAGGCCCCGAUGCGAUCCCGCAGCCUGAAGAAGAACCCGUUGACAGCAAGCGUCUGACAAUUCUGCGCAAGGACGGUGAGAACCCAUUUGCUGCCGUUGCGGAGAGUCUGGAUCCGUCGCUUGGUACUGGUGCAACCACUCGUCGCCACAAGCACAGUCCUUCGACUGGAUCGCAUGUUACAACCAUUACAGAGGGUCCAGAGGAUUUGGAAGAGAGCCCCCAGACGCCAUCACCCCUGCGUGAGGCCCUGGAGCAAUCACCCGAACCGCGCCCUGUCUCCGUACUGGAGAUUCCGACUGAGGGUGCUGCACCUGCCGCUGCGGAUGAAGACUCUACCGAAGUGGGAGAACCAUCCGAAGACCCUAUUGUGGAGUCUCAAGAACAGGCACUGGAAGAAUCUCAGGAGCAGCCAUCUGAAUUGCCAAAAGAUCAGGAAAAAGUUGAGAAGACCAAUGAAAACGAAAAGCUUGACACCGAGAACUCAAAUCCGAAGAUAGAACCAUCCGUCGAGAAUCCCGCUAUCGAAGACAAGGAAGAAUCAACUCCUUCUGAACAACCCGAAGACAAUGUUGAGGUGACGCCCGCGGCGCAGGAUUCCUCAACUGUCUCUGAGACCAAACCAGAGUCGGAGAAAGCGAAAGAGGAAUCCUGA